GAGGGGAGGCGGUGUGACAAGAUAGUGGUUGGAGAGAAGAGAUGAUAGAUUCACACACCGCGCUCUGCUCUAGAAACCAGGGGAACACAUUUAUUCUGGAUUUAUUCUGUAUUUCUGGAGAUUUAACCGUAAAAUCUUGAUGAAAUGGCGUCCAGAGCGGCGUUCUGCGCUCUCCCCGGCCCUCCGAUGAUGAAUCCGGGGAUGAACUCUCCCGGACUCCCGCGGAUGGCAGCGAUGAACCCGGGCUACAGAGCCAUGCUCAGCCCUGCCAACCAGUACAGUAGGACUGGUGUGCCACCCGGCCGGAGCAUGCCCAUGGGCGGCAUGAGCUCGAUGGGCUCUCCUAUGCCUGGGCCAUCUUACGGUGGCACCAUGCCGAUUCGGCCCGGCAUGCCCCAAACACCCCUGGAUUCUGCACGCAAGAGGCUUCUACAGCAGCAGCAACAGGCAGGAGGAAUGAUGGGACCGCGGAGAGGGGUCAAAAGGCGCAAGAUGGCGGACAAAAUCCUUCCCCAGAGGAUCAGAGACCUGGUUCCUGAGUCUCAGGCCUACAUGGAUCUCCUGGCCUUCGAGAGGAAGCUGGACCAGACCAUCGCUCGCAAGCGCAUGGAGAUUCAGGAGGCCAUCAAGAAACCCAUCACGCAAAAGCGGAAGCUCAGGAUCUACAUCUCCAACACCUGCACCCCUGCCAAACCGGAGGGCGAGGAGUCCGAAAGAGUGGCAUCAUGGGAGCUCAGAGUGGAGGGCAAACUCCUGGAGGACCCUGGGAAACAGAAGAGAAAGUUCUCCUCCUUUUUUAAAAGCCUGGUCAUUGAGCUGGAUAAGGAACUGUACGGUCCAGACAAUCAUCUAGUGGAGUGGCACAGGAUGCCCACCACUCAGGAGACGGACGGCUUCCAGGUGAAGAGGCCCGGAGAUGUGAAUGUGAAAUGCACCCUGCUGCUCAUGCUGGACCACCAGCCGCCCCAGUAUAAGCUGGACCCAAGGUUGGCGCGUCUCCUGGGCGUCCACACUCAGACCCGAUCCAGCAUCAUGCAGGCGCUGUGGCUCUACAUCAAGAACAACAAGCUGCAGGACUGCCACGAGAAAGAGUACAUCAACUGUAACCGCUACUUCCGACAGAUAUUUGCCUGUUCCAGAAUGAGAUUCUCGGAGAUCCCGAUGAAGCUGGCCGGACUCCUGCAGCUCCCAGACCCCAUCGUCAUCAACCACAACAUCAGCGUGGACCCGAACGAUCAGAAGAAGACGGCGUGUUUCGACAUCGAUGUGGAAGUGGACGAUCCACUGAAGAGCCAGAUGAGCAGCUUCCUCUCCUCCACCACCAACCAGCAGGAGAUCGCCGGCUUGGAGAUGAAGAUUCACGAGACCAUCGAGUCGAUAAACCAGCUGAAGACGCAGCGAGACUUCAUGUUGAGUUUUAGCAACGACCCACAGGACUUCAUCCAGGACUGGCUGAAAUCUCAGAACCGGGACCUCAAGCUGAUGACCGACACUGCCGGGAACCCUGAGCAGGAGAGGAGGAGCGAGUUCUACCACGCGCCGUGGUUCCAGGAGGCCGUGGGCCGCUACAUUUUCUCCAAGGUCCAGCAGAAGCGACAGGAGCUGGAGCAGGUACUCGGCAUCCGCCUCACCUAAACCUCUCAGAUCUUCAGAUCCGGGGACAGUUUUAGGUUCUGGAUCGAGCCGCCAAACCUGAAAUCUGUGCCGAGAGAUGAUUGUAGGAAACCUGAUGCAGAUGUGAUGCUGAUUCAAUGCAGAUGCAAUUUCAUGUUUUCUUUUGUCUUAUAUGCAUUUAUGAACACACAUCUGUUUGUGUGUGUGUGUGUGUGUGUGUGGAGGGGGUAUUUUUGGGGGUGAGGGGGUUACAGUUCAAGUUUUCUUGCGUUCGCAAUUUUUGCUUCGAAAUGUAUUGAAACGUUCAGGAUGUUUCGUUUCGUGCUUGAUUUAAUUGUUUAUUUGCUUUUUUCGCGAUGCCAUGUUGCCAUUUGAAGCCGCAGCUGCCUCUUUUUGCCUGUGAGAAUGUUUUGUACCUUGUAAUUAAACAGUUUAGGGAUUAUUUUUGUUCUAAAGAAGCCAUACAGUGCAGAUUCAGGAAUUUGUCUCUGUUAAACUUGAGACUGGAUUUGUUUUUUUUUGUUUAAUGCCAGACAUGAUUAAGGGCAGAUGUGUUUUAUGUUAGGGCUGGUGAAAUUAUAAGCCAUUUUUUAUAUCGUUUUCUUGAUUUGUUUCUGGUUAACAGGAUUUAUUUGUACUAGAUUUGUUAAACCUGAAUUAAUGUGCCGGAUAAGCCAUAUAUGAUGUAUAUAUUUAGUGAACGUGAAUUUACUUGAUGUUUCUUUUAACUGAACACAUUCCAUGUCACGAGUUCUUUCUGCUUUUGUUUUGUCGGGACAGAAUAAUUACAGACCAAUUUACAAACUUGUUUCCGGCCGCUCAGGUGGCGCAGCAGUAAAAACACACCUGGAACCAGAGCUGGGAUCUCGAAUACAUUGUAUUGAAUCUCAGCUCUGCCUGUUGGCUAAGGCUGAGCGGCCACAUUAACAACGAUUGGCCUGUUGUUCAGAUAGGGGUGGGAUUAAGCCGGAUAGGGUCUCUCUAUCAUAACUAAUGCAAUUACGACCUCUGCUGGCUGAUUGAUGGCGCCUGGACAGAGAUGAGAAAAGAGUGCUCUCAGGGUGUGUCUCUCCGUACACAGGGCUGAUCUGCACUGCACUUGUCAAAGUGUAGGUGAUAAGAUGCAUACGGCUGCUGCCCACGUGUCGGAGGGGCGUGGGUUAGCUUUGUUCUCCUCGAUCAGAGUGGGGAUCGGCAGUGGUGGAGAGGAAGCAUGACGCCAUCGGGCAGUUGGACGCGCUGAAAGGGAGAAAAUGCAUAAACGACACCGAGCUGACCACCGUAUGAACUAAGUACACAAUACAUGCAGCGACACUUUUGGGCACAAAUUUAGCCCUCUCGGUCGUUCAUUACCAAUAAUAAUUCUGCAAACUGAGGCUGCAUGAGGACGUAAUGCCAAAUUAUGCGCUCACACCAGCAGUUAUGCGUCAUUAUUGAGCAACCAGAGGUCAAUUAUAAAAAAAUUGUGUUGACAGUUUAGAAUUUCAGAACAGUAUUUAUGUCCCGGUUUUGCCCUCGCUGCACAUUUUAUUAAUCUUGUAUUGCAUUCAUGUGAUUAUGAAUUAAAAUCAGGGUCCUGGCUGGCUAACACGACUGUUUGCGUAAGAGCUAUUUUGUAUUAUUAAUUUAAAACAUGACAGGGCCGCUCAGGUGGCUCAGCGGUAAAACACGCUAGCACACCAGAGCUGACAUUUCAAACUCGCCGGUUCGAAUCUCAGCUCUGCCAUCCGGCUGGGCAGGGCACCUACAUGAACAAUGAUUUGCUUGUUGUUCAUACAGGGAGGGAUACUGAUGCAAUUAUGACCGCCUAGUGUGGGUGAAAAGAUGCAGUCAGGUACUGCACACGUGUCGGAGGGGGCGUGUGUCAGCUCGCGCUCCUUAAUCGAGGUGGGGGUCAGCAUCAGUACAGAGGAAGCAUAACGCAAUUGGGUAAAAAUUGGACGCUCUAAAAAUGGAGAGAAAAUGCAUAAAAAUACAUUAAUAUCAGGGUCCUGGCUGGCUAACAUGACUGCAGUAGAGCUGGUUAGUAUUAUUAUUUUAAAGCGUGUGUUACAGGCGGCGACAGACACAGUGUUUCCUGAUCGCUGCUCCACCAGCGACUUCUGCUGUCUGAUCAAGGCGCCGACAUGAUUAAUGGACAAACAGAGCAUAGAGCCUGAUGCUGCACCAUAAAUGUAGCGGUAGCUCAGCGGUCAAGGUCCCAGACUAUUCAUACUGUAGAUAUUAAAGAAGCGUCUCUAUUUGGCCGGGAAUUGUAAUAGGGAAUUGGAAACUGCUAAAUUAGGAGGCAGGGAGUGGGAGGAGCCAAGUAAGUGCCUUUAUUGGUGUGAAUUACAGUUCAUGUUGUUUUUCAUGUGUUUUUAUAAGCAGAUGAAUGAUUUUCAUGGUGUGUUUUGUACUUUUGGAUCUCAGAUUCGUACUUUUAUAUUGUUUUUUUUUUACCAGGCAGAUUUUUUGAUACAUUUUGUACAAUAAAAUUGUGCAAUACAAAGA